AUGUGGAUAAAUAACAUCACUUUCUUAAGUGUAGUAGUUGCGUGUAGAGGUAUUUUAUGCGCAAGUGUUAGCAACGAAGUUAUUGCUGCAGCAGAGAAUGAUAUAUUAGCUGAAUUAGACCAAAACAAUAAUAAAGGUGCAAGUGCCAUCUAUGACAUUAUUUCUGCGGCAGAGAACGCUAUAUUAGAUGAAAUAGACCAAAAAAAUAAUGAAAGUGCACGUGAUAUCUAUGACGUUAUUUCUGUGGCAGAGAAGGCUAUAUUAGAUGAAAUAGACCAAAAUAAUAAUGGUAGUGCACGUGAUAUCUAUGACGUUAUUUCUGUGGCAGAGAAGGCUAUAUUAGAUGAAAUAGACCAAAAUAAUAAUGGUAGUGCACGUGAUAUCUAUGACGUUAUUUUUGUGGCAGAGAAGGCUAUAUUAGAUGAAAUAGACCAAAAUAAUAAUGGUAGUGCACGUGAUAUCUAUGACGUUAUUUCUGUGGCAGAGAAGGCUAUAUUAGAUGAAAUAGACCAAAAUAAUAAUGGAAGUGCACGUGAUAUCUAUGACGUUAUUUCUGUGGCAGAGAAGGCUAUAUUAGAUGAAAUAGACCAAAAUAAUAAUGGAAGUGCACGUGAUAUCUAUGACGUUAUUUCUGUGGCAGAGAAGGCUAUAUUAGAUGAAAUAGACCAAAAUAAUAAUGGAAGUGCACGUGAUAUCUAUGACGUUAUUUCUGUGGCAGAGAACGCUAUAUUAGAUGAAAUAGACAAAAAAAAUAAUGGAAUUGCACGUGACAUCUGUGACGGAUUUGAUUCGGCAGAGGACGAGAAGGAGGUUAUUUUAAUUAUA